CCACCGCCUGAUAUAAAAAACGGGAGUAUAAGGGUUUUUAGGGUUUAACACCAACGACUCUGCCGCGGCUAUUUGGAUCCUCCCUCCCUCUCCUCUCCACUCUUACACCUCUGCUACUAACAACCUCUGCUACUAACAACCUCUUCACUCCCCUAUUAUCAUCUCAUCUCAUCUCAUCUCAUCUCAUCUCAUCAUGUGGGCUCUUCGUCGAGCUUCUACUCCUCUCAGGAAUCAAGGAUAUAGAAUUACAACUUCGUACGUCUUUGCCAAACUACAGGCGCCAUAUUCUUGGGAAGGAAAUGUAGUUGCUUCGGCUAUCCUCCCUGCUAUAUCUGAUAGAUGCAUUUCUUUUGAGAGAAAUAACCUUGCAACAUGGCGGUCCUCUGGGCUUUCUCUUAGUAGCCAUGGUCUAUCUUCACAAGCUGGUGCUGAGAACAGUGGAGAGGAAGAUGACUUGGAAGAUGGGUUUUCUGAACUUGAAACACUUCCAAGCACUAAUGCACUUGAACAUAAUAAAGCAGCUGAUGAAAAUGAAGGGGAAUUGACCUCCGAAUCAGAACUUGAUGAUGAUACUGUUGAUGAUGGGACUCAAAAUGAACUGGAUUUACCUGAGGUUGAAACUGAGCUUGGUGAAAAGAUAUCUGCGAAAAGGGCUCCUUCAGAGCUGUUCAAGGCUAUUUGGAGUGCUCCGGGUUUAUCUGUUCCCAGUGCACUUGACAAGUGGGUCAGUGAAGGAAAAGAAUUAAGCCGUGCUGACGUCUCUCUGGCUAUGCUCAAUCUUCGCAGACGUCGAAUGUUUGGGAAGGCUUUGCAGUUUUCAGAGUGGUUGGAAGCAAGUGGACAACUUGAGUUCGUUGACAGAGACUAUGCUUCUCGCCUUGACUUGAUUGCAAAGGUACACGGUCUCCAUAGGGCAGAAGGUUACAUCGCUAAAAUCCCAAAAUCAUUCCAGGGGGAGGUGAUAUACCGAACUCUUUUGGCUAACUGUGUGGUCGCCAACAAUGUAAAAAAAGCAGAGGAAGUAUUUAACAAAAUGAAGGACCUUGAAUUUCCAAUCACAGCCUUUGCUUGCAACCAGUUGCUUCUUCUUUACAAGAGACUUGACAAGAGGAAAAUAGCCGACGUUCUGUUGUUGAUGGAGAAAGAAAAUGUCAAGCCUUCUCUGUUUACUUACAAGAUCCUAAUAGAUGCUAAAGGCCUUUCAAAUGACAUGGUGGGUAUGGAACAAGUUGUUGAUACAAUGAAGGCUGAAGGAAUCGAACUUGAUGUAAAUACACUUUCCAUAUUAGCGAAGCACUAUGCUUCAGGUGGGCUUAAAGACAAAGCCAAGGCCAUCUUGAAGGAGAUGGAAGAUGUGAGCUCCAAAGAAUCUCGAUGGCCUUGCAGACUUUUACUUCCCCUUUAUGGAGAACUACAAAUGGAAGAUGAAGUGAGGAGGGUCUGGAAGAUCUGCGAGGCUAAUCCUCGCAUUGAAGAAUGCAUGGCUGCCAUUGUUGCAUGGGGAAAGCUGAAAAACGUCCAAGAAGCAGAGGAAAUUUUUGAUAGAGUUUCAAAAACGUGGAAGAAUCUUUCCUCGAAACAAUACUCUACCUUGUUGAAGGUUUAUGCAGACAAUAAGAUGCUGACGAAGGGCAAGGAUCUAGUCAAGCAGAUGGCAGACAGCGGUUGCCGAAUCGGUCCAUUAACAUGGAAUGCAGUUGUGAAACUGUAUGUGGAAGCUGGGGAGGUAGAAAAGGCAGAUUCUUUCUUGCAGAAGGCGGUCCAGAAAAACCAGAUGAAGCCAUUGUUUACAUCUUACAUGAUUAUCCUGGAUCAGUAUGCAAGGAGGGGUGACGUCCACAAUGCAGAGAAAAUGUUUCAUAGGAUGAGACUAUCAGGUUACGUGGCUAGAUUCAGCCAGUUUCAAGCUCUAAUACAGGCAUACAUUAAUGCCAAGGCUCCAGCCUACGGCAUGAAAGAGAGAAUGAAGGCCGAUAAUGUGUUUCCAAACAAAGCUUUGGCAGGAAAAUUAGCCCAAAUCGAUGCAUUCAGGAAGACAGCAGUGUCAGAUUUGCUUGACUGAGGAAUUUAAUUUGAUACUCUUGGAUGUAUGAACUCCUCGGAUUUCAACUCUAUUUUACAAAUCAAGUAUUUGUUAGUUAAUCUGGUGGCUGCGCUUUGAAAUUUGACAGCAGCAUACCUGUUAGGACAAACAGAACUACACAAUGGAUUGUACUGCACGUGUGUUAUAAUAUAUUUUGUUUGUUCGAAUACCCAUUAUUACCAAGAA